UUGGAGAUAUUUGCAUCCAAGCCAUGAGAGAUGACAUGGAGGGAUAUUUCAAAUCACCCCGGUUUGAGGCUCAAAUGGGCAAUGGCUCUGUAUUGGAUAGAGUCACUCCCGACAUGGCCCAUUUGGUGAAUCCUUAUUGGGGUCGCUUUCCUCCGAUGCCAUCAGCAACCAGCCAACUUUUUGGAAUUUUUACCGCAGUUAUUAUGGUUAUAUCCUGUUGUGGCAAUGGCGUUGUGGUGUAUAUUUUUGGUGGAACCAAAUCCCUACGAACUCCUGCAAACCUACUGGUACUAAAUCUAGCCUUUUCCGAUUUUUGUAUGAUGCUCUCCCAAUCGCCGGUAAUGAUUAUAAAUUUCUAUUUCGAAACAUGGAUUUUGGGGCCGAUGUGGUGUGAUAUCUAUGCAAUAUGUGGUUCAAUGUUUGGCUGUGUCUCCAUAUGGUCUAUGUGCAUGAUAGCCUUGGAUCGGUAUAAUGUCAUUGUGAAGGGCGUCUCGGGGAGGCCAAUGACCGUGAAAUUGGCCUUGGUGAAAAUAACUUUUAUAUGGAUGUUUGCAACAUUUUGGACCCUGAUGCCUCUAUUGGGGUGGAGUGCUUAUGUACCUGAAGGAAAUUUAACCGCCUGCAGUAUUGAUUACAUGACACGCGAUUGGAAUCCACGUUCCUAUUUGAUCUCCUACUCGUUGCUGGUCUACUACACCCCCCUCUUCCUGAUUUGCUACUCAUAUUGGUUUAUAAUCGCCGCCGUUUCGGCCCACGAAAAAGCAAUGCGUGAACAGGCCAAAAAAAUGAAUGUCAAAUCGUUGCGUUCAUCGGAGGAUUGUGAAAAAAGUGCCGAAGCCAAAUUGGCCAAGGUGGCAUUGACAACAAUAUCCCUGUGGUUUUUGGCAUGGACACCCUAUUUAAUAAUCUGUUAUCAUGGCCUGUUUAAAUUUGAUGGCCUAACACCAACAACCACCAUUCUGGGUGCAACCUUUGCCAAAACCAGUGCCGUAUACAAUCCCAUUGUCUAUGGCCUAAGUCAUCCAAAAUAUCGUCUUGUACUCAAGGAGAAAUGUCCAAUGUGUGUUUUUGGUUCGACGGAGGAACCAAAGCCGGAUAGUGAUACUCAAACCACCUCACAGGCAGAAUCUCAGGCUUAGAUUCAGGA